AUCUUUCCCAAACUCAAAUUUUAAGCUAGUUAAACUCAUCCUUUCACCUCCCUAGCUAAUCUCUAAUUGCAUCACUCAAGUUUCAUUAUGGCAGGAAUUUGAGUGAAUCAGCCGAUUCAGCCCUUAUUAUCCUUCGCAGGACGUCGGUGGACUGAACUGUGAAGGUUGCUUUCUUCAUUUCCCUCGGCGGUAUAAUGUCGUUGCCAUCGUCGUUCCCUUGUCUUCCGGACCAAAGUUUCCGUUUCCCAAACCCUGGCCCUUACCCCUGUCGCCUCUGCUUCCGCAGACCCCAUUUUGUCCUAACCCGGAAACCCAGGUUCUCCCUGGCGAUUUGCCGCUCUUAUAGCGGCCCGAAUUUGACCCUACGCUCGCCGGCCGGUUUAUCUCCGGCAACUGCAGCAUCGCCCAAGCUGUCUUCCGCUUGGCUUCAGCUCGCCAUCUCUGCCGUGGUCUUGCUUGGCUUUGGCGCUCGCUCUUGCUCCGUUGCCUCGGCCCGUGUCUUGGCCUCCGCUGCCCAGUGUCAGACUGUGCAGGAAGAGACAAUUCAAAGCAACCUCAAUGAUGACCAAAAUGUGGGAAAAUUGGGGAAUGUUGAAAAAUUGGAGGAUGAGGAAUUGAAGGCAGCAUUUGAAAGUUGGAAGUCUAAAACAUUUGCUUUGACUGUUCCUUUAAGAAUCAUCAGUUUGCAUGGUUCCAUACCUCCUUCAUGGGUCAAGGAUUUCAUGCAAUCACAAGGAAAGAGAUUAAAGUUGUCUUUAGAGAAUCGUGGAAGUCUUGAGGACAUCUUUUCCAAGUUGUCUGUGCCCUGUAGUAAAUGCAAAGUUGAUCCUAAGUCUGUGGUGGCUGCUGACCUCAUUACUAUUGGUGAUUCCUGGCUCAACUUUGCCAUUGAGAGGGCUAUGAUUGAGCCUAUAAAAGGGCUUGAAGACCAAGAUUGGUUUAGAGGUUUAAGUGAUAAAUGGAAGGUGUAUUUAUGCAGGAAUGAUAAGGGGGAACUGGAUUCUGAGGGUAAAAUAUGGGCUGCCCCAUAUCGAUGGGGAAGCAUGGUUAUAGCAUACAAGAAAAGCAAAUUUCAGAAGUAUAAAUUGGCACCUAUAGAGGAUUGGGCAGAUUUAUGGAGACCAGAGCUUGCUGGGAGGAUCUCAAUGGUUGAUUCUCCCAGAGAGGUGGUUGGUGCAGUUUUGAAAUAUAUGGGGGCAUCAUACAAUACGAAAAAUUUUGAAUCACAAGUUGCUGGUGGGAGGGCUGCAGUCCAGAAGAAUCUUGCAUUGCUCAGAAAGCAGGUUCGACUGUUUGACAGUGUACACUAUCUAAAAGCAUUUGGAGUGGGCGAUGUAUGGGUGGCUGUUGGGUGGAGUAGUGAUAUUCUUCCAGCUGCCAAACGCAUGUCUAAUGUUGCAGUAAUUGUUCCGAAGUCUGGAGCUAGCUUAUGGGUAGAUCUAUGGGCAAUUCCAGCUGCCGCUAAGUUUGAUACAAGCCGAAUGGGAGGGAGACUUAGGGGCCCCUCUCCCUUAAUCCAUCAAUGGAUAGAGUUCUGUUUACAAGGUGCACGAGCACUGCCUUUCAAACAGGAGGUAAUCCCAGGGGCAACUCCCUCUGCCCUCGAGCACGCUACAGUUGAAUUGCCACACCAACACACCAAAGGUAAGCCAAAGCUAGAAACAAACCUAAUUGCUGGAGCACCUCCCCCUGAAAUUUUGUCCAAGUGUGAGUUCUUGGAGCCGUUGUCAGAUGCUGCAUUGUCAGACUGUCAGUGGCUGAUCGCUGGGAUGCAUAAACCUGACGGCCACGGUUUGAUCCAUGGUGUGCGGCACUCACUGUUUGAAAUGAUUCAGACGAUUUGGCUAAAGCUGCAGCUGAGGUAACCUAAAAUAACCUACAACUCUUGAAAGCCUUGGUAAUAAUCGCCAGAAAAUUUCCUGUUAUUGACGUAGGAAGCAAUUUCAGAUUUCUAUACCAAAUUCAGAUUUUUUUCCCUUGAGUAAAUUUUGGAAGGUUAAAUUUGUGUAUUUAUACAGUAGAUGCGCUGGUAUUGUUGUAAUUAAAAGCUCCUGAUGUAUUGUAUCUUAUGCCUAAAACUUCCCUGUGUUGUGAGAGAGCAUGUUUUGCUAGUCAUGAAAUUAGCACCGUUAAAUUA